CCAGGUUCCUGAACCUCGGAAACCCCACCGGCCUGACCUUUGUCAUCGACACGACGGGGAGCAUGAGAGACGACAUCGAGGCAGCCAAGCAGAGGACCAUUAACAUUGUGAACAACCACCAACGGGGCUUCACCCAACCUGCGUUUUACAUCCUGGUGCCCUUCAAUGAUCCAGACUUUGGUCCAGUCUUCAAGACGAGCGAUCCCGAAGAGUUUAUUGAGGAGUUGCGGACACUCCGAGCGGAUGGAGGGGGCGAUAUUCCUGAAAUGUCCCUUUCGGCUCUCCAGUUGGCCCUGACCAGUACCCUCCCUGUCUCCUAUAUUUACGUCUUCACUGAUGCCCCAGCGAAGGAUGGCCACCUGAAGGACACUGUGCUGGGGCUGAUGGAGUACACCAAGUGUACGGUCUCCUUCCUGCUGACCAACGCACUAACCGGGAGACGCAGGCGAGCUGCGGGAGACUUUGGGAAUGAGUUAUACCGAGAGCUGGCGCACACCUCGGGCGGUCUGGCAGUGGUCAGCCAGAGGAAGGACAUCUUUGAGCUCACCUCCAUCAUCGAUGAGACAACCCACCCGGAACUGGUCACUGUUCUCCAGCGGGAAAGCAAUCCCGAUCACCGUGACAACGCUUACAUCUUCCCGGUCGAUGGGAGCCUCAGGAACGUCACCAUCUACAUCUCCGGGAAACCAGCGUUGUUCCGGCUCACCCAGCCGGGAGGUACCUCUCAGUUGAGUACACAGUUCUCUGGCUCUCUGGCACUUAUUAAACGUUUUGGUGACCUUACAGUCAUCCACCUUCAUUCACCCCCCGAUUCCGGGGAAUGGGAACUAUUUGUAAUGUCCGGAACUCCCUACAGUGUCAAAGUGACAGGCCGGAGUGUGGUGAAUUUCCUGUACGAUUUUGUCCAGCCGUUCCAAGGCCCCCACCCUGGUCUCACUCUGUUACCCGGGCGACCAAUGGCAGGUAGAGAGAGUGUGAUGGCCGUCACGGUGCCGGGCUUGCCUCAGUACCCAGCCCUGCAGCUCCAGGAUGUGGCGCUCAUCGAUACACGGGGCGAGGUCUUGCAGAGGGAGCCUCUGGGAAGCAUCAGCGGGGACGGGAUAUUCCUGGUGAAAUUCCGGGAACUUCCAGGCCGGCCGUUCCAUGUCCAGCUGAACGGACAGAGCGAGAUGGAGAUGAAAUUCCGCCGACAAUCACCCUCCAUCAACACUGCCACCCAUACAACGCUCCAGGUCAGUGUGGAUCAGUCCAUCAGGGCUGGGACCCAUGGGAACAUCUCGUUCACCAUCUCCAACAGAGGCCAUUCAGCCCACUACACCAUCGACCUCCGGGAUGACCAUUACCUGGUUGAGUUCCAGCCCCAGAGAAUAUUUCUGGCCACAAACGUGACGAUGGCGGGGACGGCUGUAAUCUCAGUCCCAGAGGGAACACAGCCAGGAACGAUCAUCACUCUGACAGUGGGAGCAACAUCCGAAAGUGACUUUGCUUACAACAUUCAGGAGGUGACCGUAGUCAAUCAGGUCCCUGACGUGACUCCGCCCCGCUGCACCGUCCUGAGGCGCGAGGGGUGUCCGCAGGUGGGCGCUGGCUGGGAACACUGCGGCCAGUGGAACUGGACGCUGGUGGCCGGGGUCGUGGAGGAAGGGUCGGAGGUCGUGACCCUCUUCGCCCGGGAUGGAGGCCGCCCUCUCGACCGUCUCCAGGUCACUGUUACCCGCGGCAACGCGACCCGCGUCAACUACACCUCCUCCUGCUGCACCCCUUCCAUCAGUCUGUGGGCCGUGGAUCCAUCCGGGAACGCCGGGAGAUGCUCGAAUCCGUCACGGAGCGCGUCCCGAGCCUCCACUGUCACCCUCAGCUCCCUCUCCCUGUCGGCCAUCUGCCUCGCCCUGUUGCUGCUUCACCUCUGACCUCUCAGGGGUUGGUGGGGGUGCGAUCACGGGGGUGGGGUUUACGGGGUGCAGGGUUUAGCCCCCGGGUGAGGUGUGGGUCAGCGAUGCCAUCCCGAAUUAUCUCCCCAUUGCCCCAGCUGACACUCCCCAGCUUUCUCAGCUUCCCUACUCGGCCGGCGGCGCUACAGCAAUGCAGUGGGUCUGAGGGCGUUGCCUCUGCUCCUGGAAUCGUCAGGUGGGGUCGGAUUGCCCUGGUGUGAACGUUUACUCCCUGGGAGCGCGCUCUUUCCCGGACAGUGGAGGGGAUGUUUCCAAGUGUGGGGGCUCCUGCUGUCUGACUGGAUUCCGUUUUGCUCUGUCAAGGGGUUUUGUCGGAACAAAUUAAAGAUGCUUUGGAUGCUUUAA